UUUGGAUCCACGCGUCUUUCCGCCUCGCCCCCUUCCCCCCUUCCGUCCUUCCCCACCCAUCCCACCUCCGUCGCACCUCACCGAGGCGUGGGGAUAUCUAGUGCUCAACGUGCCGACUCAUUGGCCUCGAACUACCAUGGUGCUGUCCUGGCGAGAGCAAAACGCGACUACGAGUCUGCCUACCCCUCCUAGCACGUCACAUCGCGACAAGGAGAAUCGGCCACUGCGUCUUUUGUCGAACUCACGAGUCGCAUGGUCGGAUGAGCACCAGUAUCACACCUUCGGGCUGAGCCCGCCUCCUGUCCUAUCUAUACAGUCGAGCGCGUCGCGUGUGGCGCCCUCAAAAUCGAUCCUUAAGAGAACAGACUACCUCUUACUCCCACUCUUUGAUGACUUCAAAAAGGAGGUCACGCCAGAGCCUGCUGACCCUCUAGUAGAUCUGCAUUACCUUGAAGGUCCAGUCUCUCGGAUGCUUGCAGCAGACGCGCCACUGCCAGAUCUCAUCGAGGCGUACUCGGUACUUGCAGCACGUCUCAAGUCAUGUGUCUCUGGCGUCACAGAUGCAGAUGGAUCAUGGCCUCUCUUUCAGCCACUCAGGCAGUACCGCGACACGUUCGUUGACGCGUUGGUCAGAGACCUUCAGCGCAUCUUUGACGACCCAUCCACGGUGAAAUUGGAAGAGCUCUCGUCAGAAGAAGAGAUCGUUACAGGCCUUCUAUCGCCGAAGGAAAGCCCGAAGAAAAAGAGAGGGAUGACCGCAGAACAAGUCAAGUUUGCUCGAGACCUGUGCACAGUCUGCCACGCUGUCCUCAAGCUGCUCAAUGUGAUGUUCACUUCGCCAUCUAUCUUCCAUAUUUUCUCAGAUGAGCAGCUCCGCUUCAUAAUGACGCAGGUGCUGGCGAUACCGCUUGCGAAAUCGCUACCCACACCAAAUGCACGAAAGACGUGUGCUCUGGCUGUCUGGCUUAUUCAAACGCAGCGUCUCUCGAGCAACGUUCUCAACCCCGCGAAGGAUCGAAUUGCCUAUGCCCUCCGCCGUGCUAUCGAGGGCGAGCUGGGAAAGGAGGGCAAGAAAGGCUCCAUCAAUGAUGGCUUGAAGGCGAUUCACGAGUUGUCGCAGCUCCAUCCAUCCGUGUUCGUGCCCGCAUUUACUGAGUUGUUACCAGCGAUGCUCAGCAACCUCCUUGCUCCGACAUUAGUCCUCCGGACUCAAGCAUGCCACGCCUUAGGAGGGUUCGCACUCGCAGCUGCGAGUAUUCCUCUCUCAGAGGUACAUACGCGGAUAUCGAACAUCGUGGCGUCGCGUUUCAUAAGCCCAGGGACGUCAAAUGGCUUUAUGAGUCCACUGAAGGAUUCGACUAUCAUCCGUACGUUACGCACCACACUCGUGGCAACAGACCCGAAACACCCUGCUCAAGGCCCCGUCUGGGCGUGGAGUGUCAUUGCGAACUUCGUUGUUCUCCUCGGUCCCGCCGUGUACUCAGAUGAGAGGCUCAUGCGUGCGAUAACUGCACUGUUCGCGCUGGGUAUGCGGCAUCAGAAGAGUUCGGUGAGGGCGCUCGGAUGUCUUGCGUGGAGAUGCAUGACCUGGGCGUACUUCCAUGCUCCGCUAAUCCAACUGAAGCCUUUGGAGGAUGAGUCCGAUGCGUCAUCGAGCUCAGAGACGUCCGACGGGGAGGAGCAGAGCAAACGAGCAGAAGAGGAUCAUGAAGAGAAGCCCGAUUGGAAAGUCGUACAGUCCGUCGUCGACAUGGGCGCAGGCGUUGCUACAAUCGGGGCGCUCCUUGCUGGAGAGUCGACGGACGAACUCAGCCUGAGGCGUGCCCUUGGUCUGCUCCGCGGAAUGAGUAAGAAGGGAGGGCAGACAUGCAAGGACGCACUAGAGACCGCUUGGCGUCUGGUGGGUCUCGAAGAGGCCAACCCAUGGGACGCUCAAAGGCUGCUUGCACGUGGUUUGUUCUGUGCGAUUCCGGGCCUCCUGACGGUGGAGUACAAAGCACUUACUCAAGCAGUCAGGCCACUGUUGGAUCAGUGUACGGGAGUAGAGGAUGUCCGGCCGCUGACAAGAGAAGAGAUUGCUCUGGAGUGGGUCUUUGACAGUUUACUUGACGUGUGGAAAGAGGGUCUCUCUGCGCUGCGGCUCUCAUGGGGCAGCGACAUCCCGGGCGAGAUCUCGGAGGUUUGGCGGGACCUAAUCAAAGCACCUGCAACCCUUCUACGAGAUUCUGGGGACAAGGAGGCACUCAUGCAAUUCGCGGAGCGUGCUAAUAAGAUCCUCAUUGAUCUGCUGGAGGAUCCAGAAGUGGAUCUGAGCUUAGAACCUGAGCAGUCGGUCGAGCUGAGCAGCCCAGUCAAGCCGGACGGUACCAAGAUGCGUAAGGCUCCUCCUGCAGCUCGAUGGAAUCUUGGUCUCAAGCUCUACCUCACCCGCGAACUCUGGACCUCCAUGAAGAACGUGCUGCCUGAAUUCUCCCUACGUGCGCCUGCGGAGACGUUGCUAAAGUUCCUCGUCAACCACGAGACCAAGCUAGUCGGCGACGUGAACCUAGCGGACCAGAUACGGCAACAGUGGACAGCACUGUGCGCUGAAGUUGUUUUCGCGUGCGAUGCCGGCGAACUGGAGAAAUUCUGGUGUGGUGGGUUGUGCAUGUAUACGAAGAGGCGGGAGAACGUGUGGAAUGCGGAGGUUCGGCAGGCUGUCUGGAGUGGCUUCGUUGAGGGCUGGAGUGACGCGUGUGCAGAGUGGGAUGCUGCAGUCAUCCUUCUAAGCGUGCCGUUCAUGGAACUCAAUGCCUGGGAGAUCUCACAUAGGGAUGUUGAAGAUUGGAAUAUGCUCCUGCGGGUCGCUAUGGAUAAGGCGUUGGAUCAUGGUAUCGAUUCCGUUACCGUCGUUGAUCAAAUUGCCUCGAUCGUCUCAUCGAACCACUCCCCGACAUUCGAAUACUCCAUCCACGCGUCUGAUCUGCUACUCUCGCAACUCGAGAUUAACGAGGCCCGCCAGGUCCCUGAAGGAGUGAUGCAGCUGGUCAACAAUACCUUGAUAUCGACCUAUCCGCCUGAGCCGCGUAAGAAGGUCAGGUCGAAGUGGCUGAUGAGAACGUUGACAAGGGUGCUUGACGCAUGCCCCGUCGAGCUCGCCGUGGGUGUGUACGAAUCUCUUCAAGAAGGCCUAUCUCUUUGGAUUGCGGAUGAGUACAAGGCAUUCACUCCGGAAGAAUAUGCCAUGGAUAUUCUGCCUGUCUACCAGACUAUCCUGAUCGGCAUUCAGUCGCAACCCACGUCCGCUGCCACGAUCGAGACGCUGGCUCCGAUCAUAGAAUCUGCGUUCUGCGGCAGAGAGGACAAGCCGGAGGCAGCGGUCCACGCAUUCGAGGAGUUUUGGCGAGCUACUUAUGCUGACACGCCUGAACCGUUGUGGGGCUGGCCGGAGAGGAUCCAGACUUGUCUACAGAAGCUGGCAAGGAACAAAGCUGAGACUUUGGCGCCUGCAGCGAAUGUGGACAACUCAGCUGCAAAUGAAGAUGGAGAGUCUGAAGAUGGCGCCGGUCCUUCUAAUGAUUACCUCUUCAGUCUCUCCGCAGACGAACGGGAGAAAGAGGAACUCGAGAUCUCUGCUGCAGUCCUCAUGCCUGAUGAUGACGGACGCUCCGCUUUUGCGCCAGCUGUCACCAUUCGCGCUGCUACACCCACAUCUCCCCUCCAUCCCCGUGUCAAUCUUGCUUCUCCGCCAGUCACCCCUAAGUCGUCAGCGAGGGAGCUUCCGUUUACCCCCUUGAGUCCGCAGCUCGCUUCAGCACAGAAUGCCUCCUCCGAUUUGCCGGCAACGCCUCUACUGGCUUCUCCUGCCACGCCUAAGCGUACGUCUCGAUCUGCCUCGGACGAUAAUCAACUUUCAUUGGAACGUCGCCGCAGCACGGGUAACAAGGAGAAUCUGCCUUCGGUCGCUAGCGUCGUGGAGCGCAUUGCGAUGCGCUCGCCUGCAGCCACUACGACCCUGUUUCUGGGCAAGCGGCGGAUGUCCGAUGAUGAGGAGUCCGACGUUGUGGCCAAGAGAAGCAAAGUGGACCCGUUGUCAUCAACGUUGGCGCAGGAGAAGUUCGAUGUUCCCGCCGCACUGGAUGAGCCAGCACGCUUCUUCCAAGGCGUGUCUGACUCCUCUGAGCAUUCCGUGCUGUUGCCAAAGGCGCCUCAUCCCAAGCUGAGGCGAUUGUCUAUAGAGGAAGUGUUUGGCAGAUUGUCUGAAGAGACGAUCGACGGCGAAAGUGCCGAACUUCCUGUUGCGGGUCUCUUCACACCUAGCAAGCGGAAGGGCGUGUUCCUUGACGCGGUCGAGGUCCCCACGUACGAGCAGGUGCUGCGCCGCGAGCGAAUUGCGAGCUUGCGAUCGAAGAUGGUGCGCACGCUCUCAGCGCCAGCGUCUGCUGCCAGUAGCCGCACUUUCAUGGCCGAGCGAGUUCUGCGGAGGACGCACUCUUCUGCUGUGAAUGCGAUGAGAGCUGAAAUAGAGACACCUCCAAGCAAGCAUCGCCGUACUGAUCUAAGAGCAGAGCUGUACUCGACGCCGUCCAAGAUCGUGCGCGCGUUACGGGAUGCACCGAUGGCUGGCAGCGACGAUUCCAUCAUGCAAGCCAGUCCCGAACAGCGAUUCUCUGAUCAAUUAUCUGACGAUGACCCUCACACGGACUGCAUCACUCCCUUCGGCGUUGUCUCUCCAGCACUGCGGCGCGCCCGGAAGGACGACACGGAUCCUCCGAGCAGCGACGACUCAAAUGAGCCUUUGAGCCCCGUGCGUGAACACGUCAAGCGACGCAUUGCGCGUCUACCCAGCAGCAAAGCGCUCUUGAAGCCGUCCCCUCUGAAACUGAGAUUGCGCCCUCUCGGCAUGUUGUCGUCGGACAAUGAGGACUGAAGCUGUAUGUGUGGAGAAUUUCGCUCAUCUCGUCAUGCAAUAUCUUCUUCGGAUCCUGGAAGUUUAAUAAAGUUUUGUUCGUCCACAAUGCUCUUCAUGUCGUCAAUGUCGCCUCAACAUGUCAGAAAUCACAUGUGUAUUACCUUUAUACGUUCGUACUGUCCAUAAAUGCUCAUUCAAUAUGGACAGCUGCAUCCAUCGCAGACGUGUGCUCGCGUCGCAUCGUCCCAUAUACAAUAUUGAAAUGCGCCGGUCGUGAUCAAGACGCGUCCAGCGGAUCACGCAGGUCGCGUCGGGCAAAGACGCCAAAUAGCGCCAAAUCACUUCUCACUGGACCUCCAUUCAGCUAGCUACC